AUGUCAGGUGGAGACUGUGCCACACCUUUCGUCGACCAGGGUCGUGUCCAGCGGCCUUCAAUGUUUGCUAUGACAUCGCCAAUGAUCCCUUCUGGGAUUUCUCGACUUCACCAAUGGGUCAUUGACUCCUUUUCGUCGCUCAUUCAACGAAAAGGAAGACGAUUCGAUGACAAUGGUGAAGUUGAAUUCACUAGACCUUACAACAAAUUCCAUCUCGAUGCUACCGGUCCUUCUCUCGCUGUGCUCAUCGAUCCACUCUACGAUGCCUCGACAAACCACUGGAAAGGCUUUCCAGUCACGAGUCCCAGUCUACCAUCCAACCUCAGUGCUACUGCUCAUCUUCUUAAAUCUCUAAUCGAGCAACUCUCCCAAUGCUCGGAUGUUCAGCCUAACCAGCGACAGCUUUUCGAUUGCUCUGUUCUCCGUGGUGACGACCACGAAGUUCCUAGUCUCUGCGUAACCAAUUUGGACGAAUUCUCAUUCCAUGGGGAGAGCGACAUGGAGUAUCCUGGAUAUCAUAACAUCCUUCUAUCUAUUGGGAUCACUACUGACACGGACAUGUCCAAUGUCGAGCAACAGGUGGCAGAGGCUUCUCGCUAUGCUGCUCGCACUCUUAUCGGUCAGGCCAAUCGUAGCUGCGCUCGCGUUCUGAUGAUGAGCGAAACGAUGUGCCGCGUUUUCCACUUCACUCGUACUCCGGGGGUUCGAUACUCGAUCGCGUUCAAUUUCCACUCUGAUCCCGUCGUGUUUACGCGUCUCUUCCUGGGUCUAAUCUCGAACAGGCCUCAAAACAUUGGAUUCUACGAGGAUACCAUCCGCCCUUGUCCAGCUGAUAGUCCCGAAGCCGUGAUCAAAAUUGUUCCCGACGAAGAUGAGGAACCCUACCUGUUCACAGUCUCGCGCGAUAUACCGAUCGUUGACUCCUUUGGCUACUGGACUGUCUGGAACGUCUUCUCCUGCGAUGCCGAUGACAACGAGAAUGCUCCCUUCCUCCUCAAAGUGGCAUACGCACCUGACCAGUGGGACCUGACCGAGAUUGAGGUUCUCAGGGUUGCGGAAGCGAAGGACCUACCUGGCGUUGCACGAAUGGUCGCUUACCAAGAAGAGAGUGAUCGAUACGACUUUGAGACUAAGACCCAUACCUGGUGCAAGCUCACCCCUGCAGAAAGGCGAUACGUUCAGCACUGCAUCGUCCUUGAAGCUCACGGUCUAUCUAUCGACCAUUUCGAGACCUCAGAACAAGCAUUCGAGGCCUUCAUUGAUUGCAUGACUGGUCACGGUUCAUUCGCAAACCUGGGAGUUCUACACCGAAACAUCACAGUGAAGAACAUCAUUCUAGGAAAGCCGAAUGCCAAAAAGGGAUGGCGCGGCGUACUUUUCAACUUUGACUCAGCGGCCUUUGUCGACCCCAGCACUUUCGAACCGAAACCAGCUUUCCCUCCCAUCGACGAUCUCCUGGAAACCCCUUUCUCUCAAGCAUUCCAGAGCGUCGAGACGCUCAGAUCACAUUCUACUCGCGCGGACAACAAGGGUAAAUCCAAGGGGAGGAAAUCGGUCAAGACCCGCUCAGACAGAAGUGAAGCCAUGAAUCACGACUACUUGGACGAGCUGCAGUCGUUCUUCUACGUUCUGCUAUGGCUAUGCACAACCUACCGUGCUUGCAGCAAAUCGACCACGACAACGCCGAUCGCCAAGACCGAUCCUUUCCCCAAGGAACUCGCUGCAUGCUUCGAGGUAAAUGGGUCCCCAGAGUCCAUCGAAAAGGCUAUCGAGGCAAAACUAGCACUCAUGAUGGACGAUCUGCUCUGGUCUGACCUCACCAAACAAGCCAGCGAUGCACAGGAGGGUUCGCUAAUCUGCCCUAUCCUCUGGGGUAAACCAACUGUCUGGCUUCUGACCAAGUUUCGUUCCCACCUGCAGCAUGGGCUCAAGGCGAAGGAAGAGGUACGGGGUGGAAGGAUGACCAUGGCGGAAUUUAAGGAAAGGUUCUAUGGUGGGAAGAAUAUGUUGGAGCAGUAUACCGAGAUUGUGUGGAUGCUGGAGGAUGCUGUCAAUGGGAUUGACAAUGAUACCGAAGACUUUGAGGGUUAUGCGUCGGUGCGGGAUGAGAGUGAGGUUGAGGAUAGCGAUGAGAUUGGAAGUGAGGUUAAGGCCGAGAAAGCUGUUGAGGGUGAGGAUGAUAGCGACCGAGAGGCUGAGGAGGAAGUAGAGCAAUUGCUUCUUGCGGCGCGUGACCCGUCGGUUGAGGCACAAGGUCAACAAAACACCGGAAACACCACUCAGGCAACUGAACAGGAUGACGCUGGUGCUCCUCCCGAGGCACAGCAGACCGAGGUUAUUGCGGAACCUGCAGCGGUUAAGGUGAAGGUAUCCAAGGCAGGCAGAGGAAAGAACGUUGCCAGCAGAUCCGCGCACCCGACCGAUGGUGCUCCUAUCCCGCCUGUUCGUCGAUCCACUCGAAAUACCAAGCGUCGAAGGGAGGAAUCCACUGUCGCAGCUACGAGCAGCUCCACUCCCACCACCGAUUCCGAUGCGAACGACAAGCCCGUCACCAGCGAAAAGGUCAUUGAAACCGAUGUAAAGCCUGCUCUUCGCCGCUCUUCACGAAUCAAAAAGGGUCAAACUGUUGAGCCUACCGCUGCUCCAGCUCCUAUCCCCUCUACCGACGAUGUCGUGGAAGUGGUUUCCGCGGUGGUGCUUACAAUCAAAGUGCCGGCCCGUGGAGGUCAGAAGAGGAGGCGCGAUGAAGAGGAUCAGAAUGACGGAAUGAUUGAAGGAAAGGACAAGAAGGGUCGUGCUGUGAAGGGUAGGAAGGCGAAGAGAGCUCGGAAGGAUAAGGAGGAAACUGGCGAGAAAGAGAAUACGAGCACUAAUGUGAAGGCACAGGGUGCCACCCUGUGCCUUCACAUUAGUUUAGACCGGAAUAUGCCUCAAUAG